AUUGUCAAUGACACCGCCUGCUUAUAAUUUCAGCUGAUUUGAUUGUUGUCAAGGUAAACAGUGGUCUUUGAUAAUAAUAUUCCCGGGAGGAAAGCAAACCGUUGUUGAUUAUACUCAAAUAUUUCUUGGCUUUUCUUCUCGAAUUAAUAUGGAAAAUGUUGAUUAUUUGGACACUUCUAACAUAACUGUUUUUAACAAUAUAGAUGCAGUUAUACAGACAAAUAGAGAAGAGGAACCUGAAUUUAGUGAAGCAUUUACUAAAGAAAGAUCGUUACAGGGAAAUAUUACUGAAUAUAGAUCUGACGUUUGUAGGAAGUCAUUCUCUUCGGAAUAUGAAGUCUUAAAGCAUAAAGAAAUACACAAAAUAGAAAAAAAUUGCCAGUGUGAAAUAUGCGGGAAAUCUUUCGUCUGUAAUUCAAAGCUUGCAAUUCACAUACGAAGACAUACUGGAGAGAAACCGUUUCGUUGUGACAUAUGUGGGAAAUCGUUUGUCGAUAAUAGUUAUUUAACAAGGCACAAAGUAAUACACACUGGCGAAAAACCGUUUCACUGUGAAAUUUGUGGAGAAUCUUUCAUUCGGAACUCGAGUCUUGUUAUCCACGUACGUAGUCACACUGGAGAGAGACCUUAUCAUUGUGGAGUAUGUGGCAAGUAUUUUGUGAGUAACAGUUAUUUAACAACGCAUAAACGAAUACACUCCGGAAACAAACCCUAUCAUUGUGAAAUAUGUGGAAAAUCAUUUAUUAAUAAUUCUCAUCUUGUGGUACAUAAAAGAAUCCACACUGGAGAAAAACCUUAUCACUGUGAAAUAUGUGAGAAAACUUUCGUAUCUAACAGCCACUUAACAACACAUAGGAGAAUCCAUACGGGAGAAAAACCGUUUCAGUGUCAAAUAUGUGGUAAAUCAUUCAAUGAAAACUCCAGUUUGGUUAUACACAAACGUAGUCACACUGGGGAAAAACCCUGUCGUUGUGACGUUUGUGGGAGAUCGUUUUCUGUUAAUUCUACUCUAGUAACUCACAAACGUUGUCAUUCUGGGGAUAAACCGUAUCAUUGUGAAAUUUGUGGCAAAUCCUUUAUUAAUAAUUCUUCUCUUGUAGUCCAUAAACGUAGACACACAGGAGAAAAGCCUUAUCAUUGUGAGAUAUGUGGAAAAUCGUUUGUCAAUAAUAGUGAUUUAGCAACGCAUAAAAGAAUUCACACUGGGUAAAAUACACUCGACUAUCAAUAUCAUGUAUUCUAUUUCUAUUUGACUUUCGUAAAAUCGAAUCUGUUUCAUUUCACCUCGAUUAGUAUGUCUCAUGAACGGACGCCCUGCUGCACCUGGUUUUAUGGUGAAUCCCAACGAAAUACUUCCAGAUCAGCAGAUAAUCCGCAAUGUGUUCCACUUCUGAUUAUGAAAUGUUUUAUUGAAAUAAAUGUUUUGGUUCACUAUGACUUUACGGACGUCAAAUUGGAAAAUACCCUAUUUCUGUUUCUUCUGAAGUAAAUACAAUAUGUGUCACUAUAGGACACUCGCACUUCUUUGUUUAGUUAUUCUCCAAAUGAAGUGUGUUUGGGCAAAAUGAGUAAUUUCUGAUUUCUCGUUUUCUCUCGAUCUGUUUGAAACCAUUACAUAGCAAGUACUGCAUCAUUAUUUUGUACUGUUGCAUCAUCUUUAGGAGUGAAAAUGGUCAGCAUAGGUAUUGUUCUUACGGUUAGGAGUCCGAAACAUAGGUGGCAGGCCCUCUUUUUCAUAAAAUCUUUUUCUUCAACUUUGACCCGAUUGUAAUUGAGGUUUCUAAUAAAAUAUCUGGAUAAUUUUUGAUGUUUAACAAUCAAUAUUCUUUUCUCUGUCGGAUUCCAAGUCAAUUUUACCCGACACUAAUGUCUAGUUUCAUUUUCAAGUUUCAAAAUAUGUCUGAAGUGGGGUAAAAUGAGUAAUGUCUAAUUUCAAUAAUUUCUAUUCUUUAAUUCAAGGUAAGUAAAUAUAUCACAGAGAGGACAGUCCAGCAAGCUAUAGUUAAUAUUUUAGGAUGAGCUUUGUUUUUCAUUUAGUCAAGUUUCAUUAAUUUCAUAUCAUGUGCCAUUUUUCCCCUUCUCAUCUUUCAUUUGACAUUUCUGAUAUUUCUAAUGUCUAAGGAUUGAUAUUGAUGUGCAUCAGUCUGUUUUCUAGAGAAUUGAAGCUACAAAUUUACAUUAUGUCUUACUUAUUUUGCCCCAGUGAAAUCGGUGCUAUUUUA